AUGUCCCUCCCUCUUCGCAUCCUCUGGGAGGCAAAAAUCAACAUACAGCAGAAAAUCGGUCUAGUGAUAGUUUUCUCUCUUGGCUUUGUGAUUAUCGCAGCUGCAAUUGUUCGAGCAGUUGAAAUCACAGGCAAAGCAUACUCAGAUCAGGCAGCUCUUGCAGUAUGGAGCGUUGUCGAAUCCUCAAUCUCCAUCAUCGUCGGAUGUCUCCCUCCGUUCCGGGCCAUCAUAUCUACCAAACCAAGCACCACACAAUCUCCCUACGGUUCCUCGGGUGGUAGGCCAAGCUCUUAUGAUCGGAAUCCAUCAGUACACGGAAAGCAUCGGUCCGAUACAGCCAGCUGCGGUGAAGCACCCUUGCCAUUGCAUGAUCUUGGACCUUUCAAAAGCAGCCUUGAUUAUAAAACAUGUGCACGAGAUGUGUAUAUAAGUGGUGGGCAGAAUGCCGGGGCAUCGAGGAAUACGCGCCGCGGUGCGGCGGAAGAAGAACUCAGAGGAGAUAUUAAAAUGGUACAAGAAUUCGGUAUUCAGUCUCAACCUGCUCCGUACACAAAUGCUACCAUGGAACGUGCAGAGACUGUGGAAUUGAAGGCUCGGUCCCUCGUAAUAGGAACAGAUCCCAAGGCCGUCAAGUCAUGA